UCGAAUAAAUUGCUAGGAUUUUGUUCCAGUUUUUGGCUGAGUUUUCGGAAGCGUGCGAAUAAAGUAUAGCGGUGUCGUGGAAAAAAGAGUAAUUAUUGAAUAACGAUUAUUAAUAGCUAAUGUACUUGGCCAGUGUGCAGUUGUGUCUGUCUGCAUAAAAGCCUACUUUCUACCGCCGGUUAACACUGUUAAAAAAAGGAUAUAGAUCUAGGAAAGAAAGAAGAGAAAACUUGAAUAUAAAUCAAUAAUCGUCGAGUCCAUAAAGUUAAAUCUUCGAAAAGUCAACAUGCUGCUGCAGCGGAACAAAUUAGGCAGCGUACGGCCACCAAAGCGUUGCAGGAGCGACAUGGACAACACCUCCACCUCGGACAUUGUCAUCAUCAAUGGCAACUCGCAUCCGGAUCUGGCCAACAUGGUGGCCGAGCGUAUGGGCAUCAAGAACGGGGGCUGCUCCGUGUUCCACAAGUCCAACAGGGAGACUAUCGUCGAGAUCAGUGAUUCCGUUCGAGGCAAGGACAUCUACAUCAUCCAAACGGGCACCAAGGAUGCCAACAACAACAUCAUGGAGCUGCUGAUCAUGGCCUACGCCUGCAAGACUUCCUCGGCUCGCUCGAUCGUGGGAGUGAUUCCAUACUUGCCCUAUUCCAAGCAGUGCAAGAUGCGCAAGCGCGGCUGCAUCGUGUCCAAGCUGCUGGCCAAGAUGAUGUGCACCUCUGGCCUUACGCACAUCAUCACUAUGGAUCUGCACCAGAAGGAAAUCCAGGGCUUCUUCGACAUACCCGUGGACAAUCUGAGGGCGUCGCCCUUUCUGCUCCAAUACAUUCAGGAGAGCAUUCCUGAUUAUAGAAACUCGGUGAUUGUAGCUCGCAAUCCGGGCGUGGCCAAGAAGGCCAACUCCUACGCCGAGCGACUGCGUCUUGGCCUGGCCGUCAUCCAUGGCGAGCAGAAGGAAACGGAUGCCGAUGAGGUCGACGGUCGCUACUCCCCUCCACCGACCAGAAACUCUACUCCACAACACGCCCCAACCAGCAGCGCCCGCCAGCGAACCACCUCGGUGUCGGUGGGUGUUCCGGAGCACAUUGUCAAGGUCAAGCCACCGCUGACCAUUGUGGGAGACGUCAGUGGACGCAUCGCCAUCAUGGUGGAUGACCUGAUUGACGAUGUGCAAGCCUUCGUGGCCGCCGCUGAGAUGCUGAAGGAGAACGGUGCCUGCAAGAUAUACGUGCUGGCCACGCAUGGUCUGCUUAGCUCGGAUGCACCGCGCCAGCUGGAUGAGUCGCCCAUCGAUGAGAUCGUUGUAACCAAUACCAUUCCACACGAGAUCCAAAAGCUGCAGUGCCAUAAGAUCAAGACGAUCGACAUCUCCAUUCUGAUCGCUGAGGCCAUUCGCCGCAUCCACAACAAGGAGUCCAUGUCCUAUCUGUUCCGCAACGUAACGCUGGAGGACUAGGGCACCCACCCACUCAUACAACCACUCACAAGUCACAGAAAUAGUGUUGGAAUCGACCCGUUUUGGGUAGUUUUUCGUUUGUUUAUCGCUUUUAGACAUCAAUUCAACGUGCGCCCAGCGUACGUUUGCUCAAAUAAAAUUGAUUGAUCCCCGAUAAUGUAGCACACUUUUAGGCCUCACAUAUACUCCACACUGUCCUACAUGUUGUGCGUUCAUCUACGGCUAACCACUUCCGUCUAGUUCUUAAGUCAAAGAUCCCACAACUUUGUCCAAAUAAAAGCCAAUUGUAAACAA